CUCUCUGUCUCUCCUGCAGUUGCUUAAAUGAGUAUGGAAGAUUAUGAUUUCCUCUUCAAAAUUGUUUUAAUUGGCAACGCCGGUGUGGGCAAGACCUGCUUAGUCCGUCGCUUCACUCAGGGACUUUUCCCACCGGGUCAAGGAGCCACAAUUGGAGUUGACUUUAUGAUCAAAACUGUGGAAAUAAAUGGUGAAAAAGUAAAGCUGCAGAUCUGGGACACAGCGGGACAAGAGCGAUUCCGAUCCAUCACGCAGAGUUACUAUCGCAGCGCUAACGCGUUGAUCUUGACCUAUGACAUCACCUGCGAAGAAUCCUUCCGGUGCCUCCCCGAGUGGCUGCGAGAGAUCGAGCAGUAUGCCAGCAACAAGGUCAUCACCGUGCUAGUGGGUAACAAGAUUGAUUUAGCUGACAGGAGGGAAGUCUCCCAGCAAAGAGCUGCAGAGUUUUCUGAAGCACAGGACAUGUACUACCUGGAAACCUCGGCGAAAGAGUCGGAUAAUGUGGAAAAACUCUUCCUGGACUUGGCCUGCCGGUUGAUCAGCGAGGCACGACAGAACACCCUUGUGAACAAUGUCUCAUCCCCCUUACCAGGAGAGGGGAAAAGUAUCAGCUACUUGACUUGCUGUAAUUUUAAUUAAAGAGCUGGCAUGUGAUUUCCCUUCCACCAUGGGCCGAGAGGAUUCUUUUUUCUUUUUUUCUGGGAUUUAUCUACUUGAAAGGAAUUCCUGCCACUUCAGCCCAUCUGAGUUAACCUGAGUCAGGUUGCAGACCUGGAAGCAUGGCAGGCUGAUGGCUGCAUGGCAACGUAGCAGAAUAAAACAUGGUUUAAAUCUCAUUUUUCUUGCAAUCUCCGGAGCAAGUUAGGAAGAGUUGCGCAAGUGCUUCAUGUAACGCAGAACAGGAGCUAUUGUGUUCCCUUCUAUGGGAGACUUGAGCAGCCUGUCU